AUGAUCGAUGCGGGGCCAUCCUCUACAAAAUGUAGUCGAAAGACUGCGUUGGCCAUCCAUUUCACCCUCUCACUCAUAGCAUUUCUUCUCUGUCUCCUAGCUUUGAUCUCUCCAUCAUGGCAACAAGUUAACCUAGAAAAUGGGAGAACGGAACAUCAUCAUGGAUUAUGGUUGGACUGUAAAAGGGAUUACUCAUUUGAUUACGGACGGACGAGAGAGUAUUAUGAAACUUUAUAUAGACGUGACAUGCAAGGAUCUCCAUUCGCUGCAUUCUUCCUACCUCAACUCCAAUGUGUCUAUAAAUUCGACUACUACAUCGACCAAGAAGAUCUCUAUGAUCAUAACCAUGACGAGAAUCGCAUUCAGAAUGAUGCAUAUCAACAUUUGUUUUUAGGUUGGAAAAUCGCCGCGUUGGUUGGUGUGGGCGUUGGUGUCCUGUUCGCCGGUUGUGCAGUACUAAUGGGUGUCUGUGCGUUUUGUCAUCGAACUUUUAUAUGCGCCUGCACUGUGGUGAUUACUAUUGCUACUCUACUCUCCCUUCUCGGUAGCGCGAUCUUCUAUUUCUGGGGCAACACGCAAGACAACAAAGUGAUCAAAGAAGAAGACGAGAACGAGACCUACGAACAUGUACUCGGAUGGGCAUUCUACUGUCAUCUACUGGGAACUCUUCUCCUCGGUUUCUGUUCUGUGAUGGGUUGUUGUGUAACAUCGAUAUCGACAAGCAAAAGCACUUCUCAAUUGGUGUCGAUUGAAUUGGUGGAGAAUGGAGAUGGAUCUGAAUUGCUUUCAUCGAAUGGGCAAAACUUCAAACGAUCGUUUUCCGCGGUGUAUCGAGUGGAUUCGUCUGCUUUGAGGCAGUGGGAAAAGUCGUAUUUAAAGAAUGCAAUGGAGAAGGGGGAUGUUGAACAGAACUUCAAACGUACCGCCUCUGUCCCCAACUUCUCCAAACACCACCGUAAAUCUCGUCGUUCCCAACGCCAAUCCUCUGGCCAAGACUUCUUCUCCUCCACAUCGAAUAUCACUGAAAUCUCCCAUUUCGGGUCGAACAUCACCAUGAAUACUCAAAUGACACAACAAACUCGUGACACUACCCAAACCGCACCGGCUGCUGUUCCAUGUCCUGUUCCACCAAGUGCUGCUGGUAAACCACUGAAAUCCGCUUUGAAGACACCGAUUCAGACGAGAAGAGAAAUGAUUGCUCCGCCAGUGGAGCCGGUGGUUAACACCUAUGAGUAUUGUGACUCGACGAUUGGAGUUUCAAGUUUUUUGGGAUCAAGAACCCCGACUCGUCCCAACCACCCUUACGAUGAGGUCUACGAAACAAUCCCCGGUGAAGACUACCUGGAACCAAAAAGUGUUCGAAACAACCGUCUAUCCAACUCAACUCUCUCUACAACCGACAUGGAGCACACCCAGAAAAUGCUUCAGAAGACACUUCCACCAGUUCAUGGAUCUUCUCAAUCCAUCCCUCUACCACAGAAAAUCCCGCCGAAAUCCACAAUGAUUGAUGACGUGGCUUCUGCGCCUAGACCAGUUUCAUUCAAUGAAGAUCCGAGGGAUAGAGAUAUAAAUAUGUUUAGAAUUCGAGAAAGAACGAGAAUUGAAAAGGAGGAAAGAGAGAAAUUUAUCAAGACUGCAAUGCUGCCACCACCACCUGUGUUACCAGUGAAACCUGUCAAAAGUAUAAGAGAUAUUGGGAUUGAUCUGUCGAAAGAGAGUGUGGGAUCUUGUAAAAUUGAAGAACCAGUUGGAAGGAUGGGGUCAGGAGCAAUGUUACCACCGAAGCCAGUUAUAGAGGAUAGAGGGAAUUAUGCAAUUCAUAAUCCGUGCUUUGAUGACUCCGACGACUUCCCUCCACCACCAUCUGAAAUCGGACUGAAUACCUUUGCAACCAAACAGAAGUCCAUUACGAAUCUCUCAUUCCGAGGAAUUUCAGCUGCUCAGCAUAUCUUCGAUAGACCUGAAAGCAUGGUUUCAGUCUCUUCAAGUGCCAGUAAUAACAAAAAUAAUGAAGCGAAUAGGAGGAAUCCGUUGACGAGUAUCUCACAGCACUCACUGGUGAACAGGAGAUUGUUGAAUGUGAUGCCGGAUGAGGUCGACCGAUCCGUUGGUUCCUCUACAAUUCUUGAAAAUGAAGUACACGACUCUCCAGGUUCAUAUGCUCAGGAUGCAGAAGUCCGUUUGAAUUUGUUCAUGAAAGACAAGAAUAAUCAAGAUGAGACUACCGUCUAG